AGGCGGCGCCCGCGCCUCUGCGACCAGUGGCAGCCGCAAAACCCAGGGAGGCGGCUCCAGCAGCCCCUCGCCGCCCCGCGACCCGGGCGCCUGCAGCCAAAGCUACCGCCUGGGGAGGAAGAGGAGGAAGAGGAGGUGACAAACUCUCCGGCUCCACGCCGCGGCCCGCAGCUCCGCGCUCAGGCAUGCAGGCGCGGCGUCUAGCCAAGCGCUCCAGCCUGGGCAGCCGCCGCGGGGGCGCCGCGCUGCAGCCGGCUGGGCCGGCGUCCGCGCCCGCCCAGGAAGCAGCCCUGCACGGACUCCCGCCCCCUGCCCCGGGCCCGGGCCCAGUCCCGGAGAGCUGGAGGCCACCUCUGCCGCCGCCGCGCAGCGCCGGGACCGGCCCCCCGCGCGCUGCCGGAGCUGCCGCCUCGUCGCCGGUGCUGCUGCUUCUGGGGGAGGAAGACGAGGACGAAGAAGGCGGGAGCAGGCGGCGGAGGGGACUCGGUAGGGUGGAGGAGAAGCCCCGAGGGGGCGCGGAGGAGGAGGAGGAUGAAGAGGAAGACGAGGACGAGGAGGUGGUCGUCGAGGUGGUGGACGGCGACGACGACGACGAGGAUGGCGAGGAGCGUUUCGUGCCCCUCGGACCGGGUCGUGCGGUCCCCAAGGGCCCGGCCCGGGGCGCGUUGAAGGUGGGGAGCAUUAAGCGGGAAAUGGCCUUCACAUUUCAAUCAGAGGACUUGAAACGUGACUCUAGUAAGAAAAUGUCUCAUCACUUGUUCCCCUUGGCCAUGGAGGAAGAUGUGAAAACAGCAGACACCAAAAAAGCCGGUCGGGUCCUUGACCAUGAAAAAGAAAACACUCGUUCCAUCUGUCUCCUUGAGCAGAAACGGAAAGUCGUUUCUUCUAAUAUCGAUGUCCCUCCAGCAAGGAAAUCUUCAGAGGAACUGGACAUGGACAAGGUGACAGCAGCGAUGGUACUUACCAGCUUGUCAACCAGCCCUUUGGUUCGAAGUCCUCCUGUGCGGCCAAAUGAGGGCCUCAGCGGAUCCUGGAAAGAGGGCGGCUGCGUGCCCUCCAGUACCAGCAGCAGCGGCUACUGGAGCUGGAGCGCCCCCAGCGACCAGUCCAACCCGUCCACACCGUCGCCACCGCUGUCCGCCGACAGCUUCAAGCCCUUCCGCAGUCCCGCACAGCCAGACGAUGGCAUUGACGAGGCGGAGGCCAGCAACCUGCUCUUUGAUGAGCCCAUUCCCAGGAAAAGAAAGAACUCAAUGAAGGUGAUGUUCAAAUGCCUCUGGAAGAACUGUGGCAAGGUGCUGAGCACUGCAGCAGGCAUCCAAAAACACAUCCGGACCAUUCAUCUCGGGCGUGUUGGAGACUCUGACUACAGUGAUGGAGAGGAGGAUUUCUACUACACGGAGAUCAAGCUCAACACAGACUCAGUGGCAGAUGGACUGAGCAGCCUGGCCCCAGUUUCACCCUCCCAGUCCCUGGCUUCCCCUCCUAUGUUCCCCAUCCCAGAUUCCAGCAGAACAGAAACUCCUUGUGCCAAAACUGACACCAAACUGAUGACACCAUUGAGCCGCUCAGCUCCCACCACCCUCUACCUCGUGCACACCGACCACGCUUACCAGGCCACACCCCCCGUGACUAUUCCAGGAUCGGCCAAGUUCACCCCUAACGGCAGCAGCUUCAGCAUUUCUUGGCAAUCUCCUCCAGUCACUUUCACAGGCAUUCCAGUGUCACCAACACAUCAUCAUGCGGUGAGCACAGGAGAGCAGAGACAACAUGCCCACACGGUCCUGUCCUCCCCACCCAGAGGGACAGUCAGCCUAAGGAAGCCCAGGGGAGAGGGCAAAAAGUGCCGGAAGGUGUAUGGCAUGGAGAACCGGGACAUGUGGUGCACCGCCUGCCGAUGGAAGAAGGCCUGCCAGAGGUUCAUCGACUGAGUAGCAGAGGGCGGCCCCAAGCUGCUCCUGCCUCCUGUUUUGCUGCAGGUGUUAGGAAGAGCCUUUCCUUCUGAACAAAACCUCAAGACCCAGGGAAAGCCCUUCUACGAGCCUUUGUGGAAUUACAGCAAAAAAAAAAAAUCAAAAAUAUCACCACCUGUGCUGCUCUUACUGAGAACCCAGCCUAGAGUGGCUAGAACAUUUCCCCCCUGUCAAAAGAAAAGUCAACUUUGCCAUGUAUUUAGGUCUUAAAACUAUGGACUUCUGUAACAACUGAACCAACCAAGCCCAUUUUACCUAGAAAGGAGGCAUAUUUUGAUAAGCUUUCUGAAUUAUGGCAUUUCCGAGAAUUUUUUUGACCCUUGGGGGGGAAAAAAUCACAUUAGCUACAACAUUAUUCAGUAGCAUUUGUACAAAGAACAAUACCCACUUUGUGAAUAGACUUUUCCCCUCUUUUUCAUUGACUUCUUGAAGCAGUACACAUCAUGAUGUGUUGCAAGAAAGAACAGCACUCUGGGUAUCUUUUCUAUGUCUGUUUUGUUUGUUUUUAAGAAUGGCCCCAGAUGGCAUAAGCUCCAAAAGCAAUUGGCAAUGGAGUCACCAGCCGCCUGCAGUCCCAAGUUGAGUUCAGGAAAUGUAGCUGCCACUGUUGGAAACCUUCGAGGAAUCUUCUUUGGAUCUGAAAGAAGCUCUUCCCCCAAGAGGCGGCACAGCUAAUUCUCCACCUGCCACAACUCAGACAAGAACUGGCAUCCGUAGCCAUCUGGGUAAGCCUUGAUGCUUCUUUCAGGGAUGUGAUACAGACUGCAGCUCAGAUCUAUGUGUUACUGCUUGUCCAUCAAGACUGUAGCCAGGUUAAUGGGUCAUUGGUCCAUCCCUCAAAACUCCACCAGUGACUGAUUCCCGAAAAAGCAGGGAACUCGACUCUCCCAGCAUGUUUGCAUUGGACAGCAGGGCACAGCUGACAUGUCCCCAUCUGUUCAGAAAGUCACCUUCCAGUCUGCGUGCACUUUUAUAGGUUUCAUGCUUUAGUGUGUCUGGGAGAUGGGUUCAAGAACAAUAUAAAUAUUAUAUGGAUAAAUGGAAGGUCUGAACUUUUAUUUUUCUUAUAAAAAUAUUGGGCUAUUCAUUAAUUUGCUCAGAAGGGAACAUAGAGAACACCAAAAGGAGAAUGCAUGCUGGUAUAGGACUUUCUCAAGUUAGUAGGGCCAGGGCUUGCACUGUGUUCCAUUUGUUGGGAUUUCUAACCAGUUGUACUUGUUGUUUGUUUUGGUGUUAGUAGUAUGGGUAGCAGCUGCCAAGCCCUUUAAAUUAGCUCAUCCUCAAUUAUCUGCCCUACCUUCAACUGCCCUGCUAAAGAGAUAUUUCUCCUAUACCUAUGCAAAGAAGAGCACCUUAUAGGAUGCACUGUAUAGGGGUGGGGACAUAGGAUCAGCCAUAGGAAUGUUAAAUGAAAUUGCACAGAGGAAAGUUUAAUAUAUGUUUAAAGACUGUACAUAUGCUUUUUUAAAGAAUAGAAAGAAGUCAUCUAGUAAUUACAGAUACCCUUUUCUAUUGUAAGCAAGGGAUAUAUAAGGAGGUUCUACAGUGCAACAUCCAUAAUUUGUGCAUUCAUAUAUUAUGGUAAAUUUAUUUUUUAAACUCUCAUAUGACUUUUUAAAAAUUAUUCCUUGGAAAAGAUCCUGGUCUUUUCCUUCAUUUAUUUUUUUAAAAAAACACAUUUCAAGAGAAAAGAAAAAGAACAUCUAAUUUUACAUCAAGAUUACUAAUCAAUCAAUAUAGCCACACCAGCUGUACUGUAUGUUUUGGAACUUACAAGGUCAGCCAGGAACAGGUGUAUUUUUAAAUGCAAAAAUGUAUUGGGUUUCCUCUUCCCUAGCAUGUCCUUUCUUCUCCUGGUAUCUUAUCACUUUGCCUAUAGCACCACUGUUGUGAGAUGCUGCUCUGGCCUGGUCCAAAAGGCCGUAAGCAAUGAGUAUAUCACCCAGUGUCCUGGAGGAGGCAAGGCUGGCCAAUUAUUUGAGCAGGUUCACCAUGAACUUAAAUGAAAGGGUGCAACUGUGGCCCAAAGUUUUUCUCUUCAGCAAAUCUCCCUGUCACUUGAUUCUUGGAUUAAGUCACAAAAGAUUAAAGUGAUUUGUGUUAAAUUCAUUCCCUUCCAAGAAUUUAGAACACAAGGAGGGAGAGAUCUUUGCUGUGGAGUAGUCUUGGAAGAAGGCCCUGUAGCUGUUACUCUAAAAGAUACAACCCAUGAGUACUUCUGAGCUCAGGCCUAGCUAUGCCAGGCUCAAUCAGUGCAUAGGUGUAAGCAGAACCUUUCUUCUGAAGCCUUCUUCACACACAUUCUGCAUCUCCUGCCCAAGUGGAGGCGCCUUUCUACUGACCAGUCCAGAGCUCUGUGUACUUUCCUUUCUGGCUUCCAGAUGCGGACGGACCCUCAGUACCUUCCUGCUCACAGACACCUAUUCCCUGCACCAAGACAUGUAAUAACUAGGAGACCACCAAGCUACACCUGGCUGGCCUUGAAGAAGACAUUAUACUUUUUACAAGCUCUGAAUUGCAAUAUGCAGCUGCUGAUUGUACAAGUUAAAUUUUUUAAAAUAGUUAUUUUGUUAUUUUUGAAACCAAAUGAAGUGCCAAAUUAAGCCAGACUUUCAUUUCAUGCCAUCUCUGUGGAACCAAGUUCUUUUAUGUCUGCAUUUGGCAGGAAGAAGGGUAAGAAGAGCAGUCCCAGGGUAAGCUGGCGAGCCUUGUCCAUUCCAGGGAACUCAGAGGCCUGUCCAGGCAAAAGGAGUGGCAAUACAAUGGAUUCUGGUCCAGUGAAAAGUUCUGAUUUUUUUUUCCCCUUCUUUGAUGCCCCUUCUUUUUAAAAAGUUCUCUCAUUUCUCUACAAAGAAGGCAUUUGAUAUUCACCAACAGGGCACAUACCAGUUAGCUGCAAAGCAAAAAGUGUGUAUCGGGCAAUAGCCUCAAGACUUAGUUCUUCCCAGAGUAAUGGACACUCAACUUGUGGGAGGCAGUGAUGCAACUUGAAGAAAACACCCAGAUAGCAAGUGUGUCAGGGAGGAAGAUUCAAGAGGCCUGCGGACAUCUGGCCCCUGUUCAUCUUGGGGCUAAUCAGCCAAUAGUGACUGUCUCUGAGCAUUACCCACGGGUACAGGGCUGCUGAGCAUCUCCACCUCAAUUGCUGGAAAGUUUCCUCCCUUGGUUGGCAAAAGCCAGUUUCGGGAAAAGAGUGGUGGGUUUCCAACCAGGAAUGUGCAUGCUCAGCUGAAAAAUGCCUGUCAGCAGCUCCAAGUACAAACAAGGUACCCUUCAGCGGACAAUUCCCUGCCCAGUCAUAACCAUGUUGCAGAUGGAGAUUUUUCAGUAGAGAAUGAUGCCUAUUACAGUUCUUCAAUUUUCCAAAAAACUUUUCAAAGAUGGUCACAUGUAUGCUGCAAAAAAUUUCUGAAACUGAUAUGUCCUCCAUUAAAUGUCAAGAGCAUUUGAGUUGAAGUCCUCUGUCUCUGAUGUCACACUGCCCACACUUUUGCAAGCAGCUAUGGGUUCUGAGUUAGCCAACACUGCUGAAUUCCAUUUUUCCCUUCCUCAGAUUCCAUUGGAAAAUGACAUGCAGCAUUCAUUCACUUGAGAAGGUUUAGGGAAAAGUGGCAAAAAUUGUAUAUAAUGAGAAUACCUUUAGAAUUGUAGCAGAAUACUGUAAAUAAUAUUCAUUUCCUCAGGGAAACAAAGGCUAUGUGAAAAUAGGAGAAUUCUGAGACUAGGAAGAAUUUUACAGUCUUUUCUAGUUGGAAUAGGUUUUUUUUUUUUCUUUUCAUGUGAACAUGAUAUCAUUUCAAGACAAAUUUAUGUGACCUGGACAAUACCAACUUUUGUAGAUGUGGGGAAAAUGCCCCAUGAAGAAGCUUUGUCUUUGUAGCUGGCCUGCAAUUGAAGGCUGACAUAUGAACCACAGGCGUGGUGCCUGGUGGGUAUUCAUAGACUCAGUGAGGCUUUUUGAAUGUAAUUGUGAAUACAGAGCCUUGCCAUUUCUUUUUAUAAUCACCCAGUUUGGUGACUGUUAAUUAGUGAUCAGCAGAAUUCUAUAGGUAAUAGAAAGCCGUUAAAGAUGUGCAUUUUGCUUUACUAGCAUGUUAAGGAGCAAACUGCCAUGGACUUUAUGGACAAGGUGCUGCUUUUUCUCACAACCCUGUAGGAUUUCUACCAACCACAUCAGCUGUAGCAUUGGCCUGUGUGAACACAGGGAAGAAUUUGUGCAUACUAAUGAGUGGAAACAGCAGGAUUCAUGAAUAUGAAUGAGAACGUGGAUCAUUUUAGAGAAUGUGCUGGGCACAUGGGUCAACUGGAAAUUUCAUUUCUCUAAGCAAGGAACCCUACCAGCAGCACAUAGACUCACCCUGUUCCUCCUACCUGUGGGGAUCACUCCACCUAGGAACUGUUUCAUUCUGUCUUUUAAAUUGUAACUAGCCAAGCCUGAAGUCAGUAAAUGAGAGUAGCACUUUUAGAUAUCAAUACAAUCUCUGAGUAAUGUACACCAAUAGAGCAAGAAAGCAUCAAAUGUAUUUAAGACCAACUUCUUAUGACUGACUUUGAAAAAGCCCAUAUCCAAUGAUAUUCAUGCUUUAAAAGGUGUGUCUCUCAUAGGACCAGGAACGAAUAUGGGAAUUGUACUUCCAGUCCUAUUGUGUAAAUAGUUCCUUUUUUUUGGAGACAAUCUCAUGUUUUAUAACUUUUGUUGUGUGGGUCUGAAAAUCACAUGGUAAUGUGUUGUGGCAAGAUGUAAUCUUCAAUAAUAAUUAUAACUUAAUUUUCCAAAUGAAACAAAACACUUCUUUAGACGUCUACAAUUCUAAGACACGACACUUUUAUAAUAAGCAUUAGUACUGAACUCUUCAAGUUAAUAGAACUGGAAAUAUUUUACAAGAUGCAGUGUUUUUGUAAUCACAAAAGAACAUGAACAUUUUGUGGGAAAUGACCUUGGUUUUAUACAUUGUAGCUUAUUUUUUAAAAUACAGUAUUUUACCAGACAGGAAGUGUUCAUAUUAUAUACAAUUCCUGUUCGCAGAACAAAGGGCUAUGCCUCUUUUAAGCAAGUGUUUUGAUGCAUAUCUUUUCAAUUAACCCUCUGUAGCAAGGGUAGAAAUGCAGAUCAGAUGGAAUGGUUAUUAACAAGAGAAUCAAGAUCACAACACCUACAUCUUUAUCAUUGCCAGAAUGUUUUCAAAGCAUUAAGGAAAAAAGACACUUGAAGAAUCAUCACACACAUUUUAAAUCUUAAAAAAGAAAGAAAGAAAGAAAGUUGGCAGAUAUGCUUAUAGGCCACAGGAGAGAGAUUCUUAUAAAUUCUUUAGUGUAAAAUGAUGGACUCUGUCAUGAGACACAUUUUCCACUCAACCUACCAGAACCACAAACCUGCAUUUACUUAAUAAAUAUCAUUUGGAGGAAAUUUCUAAAAUCAUAGUAUGUACAUCCAAAGACAGAAUUCUUAGGAGAUGAGUAGUGUUUAAAGUAAUGCUGUCCUCAGCACUAACUUUAAUUUCCUUAUCAGAAUAAGUGCUUGAUUUUUCACUGUGAAGAACUCACAGGCGCGCACACACACACAAAGUUACUGUUCCCAUGAGUCAGGAAACAAGGAAGGGAGCUGUGGAGAGUUUAUUAACUGCACAAACAACUGUGAGUUUUGCCAAAACCAUCUCAUAAUACUGUACACUUUUUUCAAGCCCACUCACUGUUAAAAUGAGAAAGCAUCUUUUCUAAGAUUUUAGUAAUCCAGAAGCUAGCCUAAUUAGCCAAGUAUGCAGAUAAGAAAAAUUGAGAUCAAACGGCCCCAUGCUGGUUGGGCAGCCCCUAUGAAGUGGUCAUUCAAAGCUUGGUUUCAAACAGACUGGACUCUGCAGACAUGAGGACUAAAAUGCAUGGAGUUAGGGAAGUUCACACACAGCCAAGGCUUCCAGUCUGAGAUGGGGCAACCUAGAAAACUCCCAUCAGCAUUCCCUCAGUAUAUCUCCACUGUUAAUUCGGGCCUCAAGUGUUUAUUGCUGUAUAGUUUAGAACCAAUGAGUCUCAUUUCAAUGGAAGCUUCCUAAUGGUAUAUAAUAGGGGUUGCCAGUUGCCAGGCAAGAUCUGUGUAAACGAUCAGGGCAGACAAAAGAGGGACGCUGUGGAAUGGCAUCAGUCAUGUUGAACUGGAAAGCACACACCCACUUAGGAAGACCCACACUCAGCUCUAGACAAUCAGACAGAAUUCAGGCCCUCCUUGAUCCUCUCACCUGGAAAUGUGAUACUCCCUGACAUUCAAGCUUUGACAACCAAUGCAGAUUCUCAGCCAACACUGUGCAGACCAAAGACAAUCUGGGCAGAUGUAGCCCCAGGCUGCCAGUUUCAACUGUUGGAGAAAGUAGAUUUCACAUUCCAUGGCCAUCAGGUCAAGUUCUUCCGUCAGCCCCACUAACUCACAUGUUGGCACUAUAUCUGGGCAAUUAAAAUCAAAAGGGGGCAAGAAGUCAUUUGUCCCCAGAAAUUAUCCUCAUGGGAGGCUUAAAAUAGAAAUGUCAUAUCCUUAGACUAGCCUUGCCUCUGAUCAAAAGGUACUGAGUUACUCCCCAGCUCUGCUGAGAGCUGCCUGUGGCGCACCCAGGCCAUGCCCCAAAGCAUUGAAUAACUGUAAUCCUGAUUCUUACUGUUUUUUAUUACCGUGACCACUGUGACGAGGGGCUGGCAAAGAGCAGCCUGUGCCUUCAGAGAAGGCAGCCAGGAGCCCCCUGAAGUUUUAAGGUAGCACACGUUGCCUCCUUAUGCCAAAGCCCUCUGCCACCUCUCCACACUCCUUCCCAAACCAUCUUGCCUCAUUCCAGUAUAAAAUUACUGUUAUUUUUCACCUUUGAUAGGGCAAAGUCCUUGCUUCAGAACUGGUAGGCACUUAGGUAUUUCAAAGUAUCUCCUCACCUUAACAGAGGGUUUCUACAUAGAGAACCACAGCUGCUUUGAGGAUAAAAUCAAAAUGAGAAUAAUGGGGAAAAAAUAAUGAGAACAGAUUAGAAGUUGCUAACUUUCAAAGGGACUGAGUUACUUUAAACUGUGUCUUAGGUUGGAGUCCUGAUGAUAUUGGGAUAAUUGUAAAUGGCGAAGGAUGUCCUUUAGAUACAUUAUUUCACUUGAUCUUCAUAAGAAGGGCAGUGUAGAAUGAGCCUAUGGAGAACCACCAUCACUCACCUCCAAAACCAGCCCAGAGUCAUCUUGGGCCUGUGAGUCAGCCUCACUGAUGCCUGCAGAGAGGGAGGAAAGGGCUUUUUUUCUUCCUAUAUCAACUUAAAUCGAUGCCAGAGACUAUAAAACCAGCUUAUAAUUUGUAAUAAUCAAAUCAAAAGUAACUGCAAACUCAAAAGUUGGGAAUGCCCAUGCACAAAGCCCCAGAUUCAAUCCCUAGCACCACAUACACACACACACACACACACACACACACACACACACACGUUGGGAAUGUCUAGUGAUGUUAAGUCCUGUUUAAAUCUGAAUCAACUUAAACACCAUUGGCAAUACCUGAGAUUUCCUUCACUGUGAAUGAUUCAAAUGCUGUCCAAUACAUAAAUGAACUUCAUCAUCUUCCAUUAUUUUACCAGGUUUAACACCUUGAAUGUAAAGUCACAGGAGUUCUGUCAUAGUUAGAAUAAGCCUCAGAAAGCCUUUUGGCCUGUCACCCACUUCGUUAACAGGUUUUUUGAUGAAUGGCACUUUUAUUAUGUCUCUGAAGUAAUACAGUGCCAGAAAAGGAAAGGGUUUAGCCCUUUUCACCUCUUAUGGGAAAGAAGCCCUUUGGGUAGUGGUUAGCACCAAUACCACAACAGUGACCUGACCUAAAAAGACACAAGUGUUAGGAAACAAGAAGAAAGCUCUGUUUCCAAAAGCAGAUCACUACAGAUUUUGAAAGGUUGUGAUCUGGGGCAGAUUAUGAUCAAAUCAUAAUCCUUGUUUUUUUUAAAAAAAAAAAAUAUUCAUGUUGGGCACCAUCCACAUAAUUAUUAACUAUAUCAACUUACAAAGGGAAGGUCCCCUUUAUUUAUAUUAUGAAAAUGCUAAAAAUUAAUUCUGGAGUCAGUUAGUGACAUUUUCCUACUAGGAUCAAUUGCCCACAUUUUUAAUUCAGAAAAUUAUCUGAAGUAGAAAGUGGCAACUCCUAAAAAAGGCAAGAGUGCUGUCAAAGAAGAAAAUCUUCUUUGAGGGGGCAAAAAAUAGCAGAGAUGCUCAUCUACAUCCCUGUCUAAAGAGGGAAACCAGCACUCUGAAGAAUUGAGCUUUUUCAAAGAGAGGAAAGAGCAGUUCCCAUUUCUGGUUACCAGUCUUGCUUUCCGCCCUCUUGGCAGCACCUGCAGAUUUGCUAGUGGUUGCUUCUUCUCCCUUCUUCCUAGCCAGAGGCCAAACUGCUGUUUUGUUCCAAAGCUGUGGAUGGGCUAUUCUUGAUCCUUUGCUCCUGAUUAUUUUCCCUUAAGUUUAGGCCCAAGAGGAUACAUACAUAUUGCUAGGACUGGUAUGAUAGGCUCAGUCGAUGCGGCUGCCCCCUUCCUGCAGGGGACAGAUUUCCAUGCAGGUGACUAUGAGGAGAGAGGCUCAGUCAGCAUACAACCUACCACACUGUCACAAGAGCUCUGUUCAAACCCACGGAUAGAGAAUAACAAGGUACGCAUCUAAUUCUUUCCCUGUGCCUCAAAGCCCCAUCCUACUCCUCCACUGCUCACCUGUCCCACCAGUCCCUUCCCCAUGCACAGCUAAUUGAGCAGAACAAAGAACAUGUACUGGGAUCCAUGUUAGGAGAAGCACCCAAGGGCAGAGCAAGAGGGCUUCACGUUUAAUUACACCUUGACCCCUGCCCAUAACUACAGAGCACAAAAGCGGAAUUGGCCUUUAUUAUGUAAAAAGGAAGUAGCUCCUGCACAAUAUAACUGUUUAACUUUUAUAUUUAUAGAAAGAAAAAACAACUCCAGUCCACUUACAUUGUUAAGCACUUGUCCUGCACAGCCUGCUUCCCAUGUUUUGGGCACAGAUAACUGACACAGGGAAAAGGUGGCACUCUGGGGGCCUGUGGCUGCUGGAGUCGAACCUGAAUUCCCCUCAGGGAGCUACAGUAGCGCUUAAUGUUAAACUACCCCCCUGCAAAGAGUGAGUGAGCCAUGCGUAACUUUGCAGAUUAUAGACCCUUAUUUUACUUUUUAAACCUUUUUUUCCUAUACUCUGCUUAUUGGAAAUAAAUGGUUAUGAUUUGACCAACCCCUGUGAUGACAGCAAAGUUGCUCCUUCCAAUAGAAUCCCAAGAGUUUUGGGAAACUCCUCGAUCACUGGUAGAAAGCUUUAGAAUAGACUUAGAUUUGUAAGAAAGAACUCAGUACCGCCCCCCAUUCACAAGUUCCAUGGCUUCAAUAACUGAAAAUGCCCUGAGUGUAAAAUAACUCAGGAAUGUGGAUCAUGUCUAUAAAAAUAUAUAUAUGUAUAUGUAUAUAUAUAUGCCAUUAUUCCAUAUUUUCCUAUGAUGCACCCUGAAAUUCCUAUUUUUAUAACUAAUGGUUGGACAAUGGUCAGCCAUUUAAACAAAUGCUCUCUGGACUAACCAGACCCUAAUAUAGUUUCCAAAGUGUUUCAUAUAUCAAAAUCCUAUAUGCUUAGAAGAACAACUCAGGAUAAGAAAAAAUUGCUAGGUCCCAAAGGGUUCAUGACUAUCAUCAAAUGUAACUUCCAAGUGGCCUACACUCAUUUCUUUCAAGGGAGGGGCUAGGGAGAGAGAACAACAGUAAUCACAAAACCUCUGUUGCCCUUACUCCAUAGAAAAGUUUAAGAGAACUCUGCUUUUAAAAAUUAAGCCAUCUUUCAAAUUGUUUUCUCCACCAAAUCUAAAAUACUAAAAUAAAAUUAUUAAAUAUUUUAAAAGAGGUAGUUAGUGGAAAUGCUAUCCAUAGAAAGUAUUGCUUUUCAGUGCCUGCUAAGCAAAAAAUAUAUAUGUGUGUGUGUGUGUGUGUGUAUACACACACACACACACACACACACAUAUAUAUGAAAAACAAGAAGCAUUCCUACCUGUGGGACACUGGUGUCAAAUGACAGGUGUGAACAUAUACAGGCACAAGUUCAAAAGCUGUGUGGCAAUGCUAUCCAGUGUUCAGAGAUCUUUUGAAAUACAAUCUUGCCACCAUUCUGGGGUAAGUACUUGCUUACAAAACUCUUAAUAUUAGUGAAUGAAUGUAUAAAAUUACAAACUAUGCAUUUUCAAAGAGUAACAUGUAUUUUGUAUCAAAUCCAAGUAAAUUUUUUUUCAUAGAGACUUAUCAUAACUGCAAAUUAUCCAAAAUGAACUUGAAUGCAUAUCUUUGAGGGCAUGUGGGAUACCGCCUACGUUCUCCCGGCUGUUUUUAAAGACAGUGCAGUGGAACUUUCCUUGGAAACUCCAGGCUCUAAAAUAUAACCAUUCUCACAAUUCUUACCAUUCUGAAGAACCAUUAAGAUGAAUAAAUGGGAAAUGGCUUAUAUAUUUCUUCCUAAGCAUAAGUGGAAAUGUUGCCUAUUAAAAAUGUGCCCAGGUCCUCAGAGGUGGAUGUUCUAGCAACACUGGAUGAAUAAGCAAACAGCUGCAUUAAGUUAGUGAGUACUACAUCAGAUAAACAUGGCAUAGGUUUUGUCUGUUGUGCUUAAUUCUCAAUCCAAGAAAAAAAAUUUCAAAAAGCUUGGGUUAUGUGGUAUUAAAGAACAAAAUAUAAAAAUAUGGCCCAACAAAUCAUUUUUCUUUUUUCACAAUUACACGGAGAUGACUCCUUAUAUUUUGAAAAUUCUUAUAGAAUAUACACAAAUUUCUUCAACCCUCUUACUUAUUUUGUAUUUCCCUGAAACCUUUUCUCCUAAUAAUUUGUCUUUGCUCCUUAAUUACAUUACUCAGCACAAAAAAAAAUAUAUUAUUUCCCUCAUCUGACAUUAUGGAAAUAAAGAACUCUAUUCUCUGCCAUUCUGGUUCUCUUCUGUGUCUACUGAGAAAGUUUCUUGAUUGUUUGUAAAGUAGGGGAAAACACUCUUCUAAGCCUGGUAUUUGAGGUCAUGGUGGAUAUGUUUGCUACCUAAUUAUAAGUUAGUUGGGGAGGGGCAAUGUGUCUUUUUUAUAUGAUUUUUAGCCAAAUCCAGAUGUUCUGAUACUACAUUUCUGAAUACUUUUCUGACUGUAAAUACAGCCCGUGGAGGUUCAGGUUAAUAAACCUUUUCUGUGACUGUUCCUCAGCCAUGCUCCUUGCCAGCUUUUGGCACAUUGUACAUAGAUUUGUCAAAUUCUUAAAUGAUGUUGUUUUUUUCUAAAUGCUGUUCUCUAAAACAAUUUUUGUUUGUUUUUUGCUUUCCAUUGUUUGGACUUUAUGUGUUAGUUUUACAGAAUGUUUCCUAAAUAUUUAACACCAGGAAAAAUGUUUUAAAAUAAACUGGUGCUAAUUGGAACCGAAGAAAAAUUUCAGCUUGAAGAUUUACAAGGGAAAACGUUCACACCCGUUAACUUGCACUUUCCCAAGGGGACAGCUGGCAUCUACUUGAAAUGGGCAUCAGGAAGACCACCAAGUGUUUACAGUGUCUGUAGCCCAUUUAGGUGUAAAAUAGAGAAGAGGCUCUGACCGCCCCCAUAGUUGAGGAUUUGCUACAUUGGUCCUCUGGAGGCAUUUAGGUAGAAGGAAACGCUGGUAGUAAGAAUCCCUUUGGUAAUAGUCUUCUGGUCUUUGGACUUUCAUGUUCUGUGAUGCUUAGCUGUAGUAAUGAAUAUGGUGUUGCCGGUCUAGUCUGAUGUCAUCGUUGACCUGUACUUAUUUUGUGUAUGGCUCUACCUUGGGUUGCACUGGCACAAACUGAGCCAGAACAUGGGACUUUCAGUAAAAACCAUUCUGACUUCAGUAUCCACACACAUGAACUUAAAUGAACUUGUAACUGGUUGAUUACCAUAAAGUAAGUCUAACUUUCACUUAAUAAAAGUUUUUGUGUAUCUGCUUCUA